AUGGCUUCAUCCCCAUCCCCUUCUCCUCCACCAGACCGGUCCAAAUCAACGUCUCUGCGAAUCUCAAACCGCGGCCUUGAACUGACCAGCAGACAAGUCAGCCAGUCUUCGCGUAAUAACAAUGAUAACGGUGGCAAAGGGACACCAACGACACCCAUCCCUGAUGAAGAUCAUGGAGCUGAUCUUCCUUUGACAAUGUCGGCAUCGGUUGUGCUCACCAGCUUGCCAAAGGACGCGCAUCAAGCACUGGCUGUCGUCGAGCCCAUUGAUUCCGGCAAAGUAACUGUCCGUUUUCAACCACUACCUUCCGCACCCAUCCUGAGAAACCGCGUUUUCAAAAUCAGCGCCUCUCAAAAAUUUGAGACAGUGGUCAAGUUCUUACGAAAGAAGCUUGAUUGUAAGGACACUGAUUCCGUCUUUUGCUAUGUGAAUAGUGUCUUCGCUCCUGGGCUGGACGAAGGAGUUGGGGGCCUUUGGAGGUGUUUUAAAACGGAUGAUCAACUUAUUGUGGCAUACUCAAUGACACCGGCUUUUGGAUGA